AUGACCGCAUGCCAGACGAAAGGCAAAGCACUUGAAAGUUACAACACGCAAGAAUGGAAAACCGAUGAGACACUGGUUACUUUUCUAGAGCGUGUUUAUCCACAAGUAUUUGUUGGAGGGGUACCUGAAACGGCCAUCGACACGGCAAAUCUCAGCGCUCAUAUCCUACACAAGAACGCCGGAAUCGAGAUCAAAGCGACCAAUACGCUGUCGGAUCAUUUAUCUCUCGUACAUGGGGAAGGAUUCAAGACGUUGCUGGUCUUCCACCAUUGUGCAUUCCUCAAACAUAGCUUCGAUGUAUUGAAGUCCGACCAGAAGGAUCUGAGCCACUCGACUUCAGAGGCCAUCUCCCGUGGUUGCUUGCACCCAGCGCUCCUCACGGAAACACUUAGAACCCUCAACCUCCUGUUCCCCCCUUUGGAUAAUCAAUCCCGACGGAUCCUUGAGAAAUGGAGGGAUGGACAAAAUCUUGAUACGGACCUACUAGAACCUUGCCAAUUAUCUCUAAGUCUUUCAGCUGAAGAACAUCCUUCCGGCGACCUUUUGGCUUUAUAUAAGCAGUACCCGCACUGGGCCAAGCAGCUGGCUCGGCUGCUGAAAGAGGUUGACGACCCAACCCCGAUUACCAGGUGGGAGCGGUAUGCAGAACGGAGGAAAUCGCCUCGGCACAUGUACAACUGUGCACUUGCCGCUCUGAUUGUGGCAGCUAUCUUCGGAAUCCUGGCCACGGCGCUAGCGGCGGUUCAGGUCUGGAUAUCGUACUGCGCCUGGGUAGAUGACCCGAGACAGUCCUUGUGCGGGGCGAAGAAGACUCAGACUUCUCCAACGUUGAAUGGGAGGAUUUGA